UGCUUGGCUAGGUUUAUGAACAAACGAGAUAAUUUCAGUUCGGGUAGUUAAUGCGCAUACGUUCGUUAGAUAGUUGUACAUGUUAUUAGCACCUAGUUUGCAAAGAAGUAACUAACGCGGGUGUCCUUUAACGCCGGUUGUCGUUAUUUUACGCGUUGGUAGGUAGUACGUAGGUCAACGUUAACUUGAUCUGCUGUACAGUACAGUGGCUAGUUAAGACUAGUUAUUUUUUGUGUUUACAGAAGUUAUACAGUAGCUAUAUAUAGCUAAUAGGUCUAUUAAUGCGUUUUAAGAGUUCCGUAGUUGAAUCGAUAGUAUAAAUGGUAAACAGUUGGGCCUACUGUACAGUACAGUAAUUCUUUAUAUUCUUGAAAUUCAACAUGGGAACUCAGAAUGCAUUGCAUAAAAAGAAGCUGCCCAAGAUCACCGGCAAUCAGGAACGCCUCCUACCACAACUUCCACAGGUUCGCUCCAAACCAACGUGGCAGGACACUGCUCUUGCAUUUGUCCUGCAGUCACCAGCCAGGGGAGAGUCCCAUGGCACCUUUGGAGCACCAGUUAGACUCCCCAGAGAUGAGCCGGGUGGAAGUCUGAGCAGAGACAUGGAUGGCUCCAAGAGCAGAGAGGCUGGAGUGUCAUUAAAGUCCUCCAAACGUCACAGCAGUAGCCACGCUCAGCCCAAGAAGGACCGGGAGCACUUCCGUAGUGCCCUGGUCAGCAUAAUCCUGCAGGAUGAGUCUGCCAGUGGACAAAUUGUUGUGGAGGACAGCAAGCCUUCUACCUCUAUGUCCCCCACAGCAACAGAGAAGGACAUUCUAAGAUAUUACUAUUACAUUCGUAAUGGGAUUGACACAGAGAAUGUGGCAGCCAUGGAGGACUCCUGGCUGGAAAAUGUUCUGGACCUGGUGCCCACUCACCUCAAGGCACUGUCUAAGACCAUAGAGCUUCUAACAGAUGAGAUGAAAGAGGAUUACCUGCUCAGUGUGAAGAAAUCUAUUGUGGAUUUUGUACUUCGGGAUCCUAGGGAAAGAGAUGAAGACAACGUUAAAGAUCUUCCUCCACACAGAGUUGAAAUCGAAGUGGUCCCAAAACCGUGGAACAAGUCUUUCCUUCAUGCCCGAAAGAAAAUAAGGGAUAAUCUUCACUCCAUCAACCCCACAAUGCUUUCAGUGUUGGACCUGUGGCAUGUUUCAUUUGAGAAGAUACGUCUCAUAGAUAUUGAGGAGUUCCACAACAGGGCGGAGUCAAUGGAGCUGUCUGUCUUCCAGCAGCUGGUCACCAGACACAUUGAGGGUGCCAAGGAAAUCCUCCUUAGAAAGUGGUUUCCUGAAGUUCAGCGCAUUUACUAUCAGGGGAACAAGCGCAAGCUGGUCCCCAGCAACACCAAUGUAGCCAAACUGCAGUCCUUCUUUAACUGCGUGGCAGCCCUGAUGACCUCACAGCUCCAGAGUCUGGCAUUGGAGUCCAUCCAGGAUUACACACACCUCAUUUCCCAGGACCCGUAUUCAGUGAGGGCCUACGAGCACCCUGGCUUCGUCCUGGAACUGAUUCUGGAUAAGACGCAAAUCAAAUUUGAGCCCAGCUUCAAAGAGUUUGAGGUCGUCUUUCUCAACGUCUUUGACAUGAUGCUGAAGUCUAUCAGCUUGGUGCCACGUGUGGAGACCAAGCUCUACUCAGAAUGGCCGGGCUGCCAAAGCGGGGGCACCCUUAAGCCCAUCAUCCUCCCAGAGAUCCUACGGGCCAUGCAAGAAGAGGUGAGACGGGUGAUUUGGGAGGAGAGCACCGGGCCCUUGGAACAUGUGCGCAUCUACGACAAGUAUAGUCACCUGGUGUCCCAGCAGGCUCAGGAGGACGUGGAGCAGUUCCUAAGCGAGCAGCACUCCUUCCCAGAGAUCAUGUCGGAGGUUUCCCGCUACCAGCAACUCGCUGAAGAGAUCCAAUACAGCUCGAGCAAGGUGGUGCGUCUGGGUAUGUUUGAAGUGCACUCCCACGAGUUAAUCCUUGGCCUGUUGAGGCGUGCUGAGGGACUGCGUCAUCAGCUGGUCACACGCAUGUUGGAAGACCACCAGGAAAUGAACAAGAAGCUCUGUGAUGAAUUUAAGAAGAUUGCAGAGAAGGCACUGAGCACCCCUCCCAACACGCAGGGACUGAUGGAGCUCAAGUUGUUUGUAGACAAGGUGAAGACGAUGGAAAUGCCCUUACUGGAGAGGAGGCUGUCAGAGUCCAAGACCCGUUUGUGUUUCCUAGUGGACUAUGUCAAAUUCUCCCCUGUUGACAUGCGCCUCAACCAGGAGACCUUCCACUGGCAAAUACGCAUGGCCUCCAUCUUCGAGGAGCACCAGCAGAUCACCGAAGUGAUGACGGAACAGUUCCAGAGUGGCCUCAAGCUGCGAUGCGAGAGGUUUAUGGAGGAUCUGGAGAGCUAUGCCAUGCAGGUGGAGGAGUUUUUCUCCUUUGGGGACCUGUCUGAGCUCAGCAAGUACCUGAAAAAGGCCCAGACCCUCAAUUCCAAACUAGACACAGCAAUGGAGAAGAUUGAGUGCUUCAACCAGGAGGCAGAGGCCUUCAACUGGCCCUUAUCCCAAUACCCACUGCGAAAAAAGGUCCAGGACCGCCUGCUGCCCUUCCUCCGCCUCUACGAGACAGCCACCAUGUUCCAGAGCCAGCACCAGAAGUGGAUCCACGGUCCACUGUCUGGGGUCAACCCAGACAAGGUGGAGGGAGAUGUGGGCAACUACUGGCGAGCUCUGUACAAGCUGGAGAAGGGAUUCGUGGACACACCCAAGGCCCUGCACAUCACCAGCAGCGUCAGGGCUGAGGUGGAGGCCUUUAAGGAGCACAUCCCCAUAGUACAGGUGCUGUGUAACCCGGGGCUGCGUGACCGCCACUGGGAUGCCAUGUCUGCCGUGGUGGGCUUUCCUCUGCGUCCAACUGAGGAGGGCGCCUGCGUGGCCCGCUUCCUGCCGAUGCACCUCGAGGCCCACCUGGCCAGCCUCGAGGGCGUCAGUGAGGCGGCCAGCAAGGAGCACUCCCUGGAGAAGGCCAUGGAGAAGAUGGCACUGGAGUGGGGCGACAUGGAGUUUGACCUGCUGCCCUACCGCGAGACGGGCACGUCCAUCCUGUCAUCGGUGGACGAGGUGCAGAUGCUGCUGGACGACCACAUUGUUAAGACCCAGACAAUGCGGGGCUCGCCCUUCAUCAUUCCCUUUGAGGCUGAGAUCAGGGAAUGGGAAGGCAAACUUCUGCUGUUACAGGAGAUCCUGGACGAGUGGCUGAAGGUGCAGUCCACAUGGCUCUACUUGGAGCCCAUCUUUAGCUCCCCAGACAUCAUGGCCCAAAUGCCAGAGGAAGGUCGUCGCUUCACUGCUGUCGACAAGACAUGGAGAGACACCAUAACGCAGGUUUCAAUGGACAAACAUGUGCUGGCAGUAGUGGCAAUCAACAAUGUGCUAGAGAAGUUAAAGAAAUCAAACGAGUUCCUAGAGUUGAUCUUGAAGGGCCUCAACGAGUACCUGGAGAAGAAGCGCCUUUACUUUCCGCGAUUCUUCUUCCUGUCCAAUGACGAGCUGCUGGAGAUCCUCUCUGAAACUAAAGACCCCACCAGAGUGCAGCCUCAUUUGAAGAAGUGUUUCGAGGGCAUCAACGACGUGGUGUUCACAGACCUCCUGGACAUCACCCACAUGAAGAGCAGUGAAGAAGAGUUGGUGGAGCUCGUAGAUAUCAUCUCCACCUCCAAGGCUCGUGGUCAGGUCGAGAAAUGGCUCCUGGAGCUUGAGAUGGGGAUGAUCAGCUCGCUGCGUAAGGUGAUUGGGGAAGCCAUUGAGGCAUACCCUAACGACCUGAGAAUCAACUGGGUGCGAACUUGGCCUGGCCAGACGGUGCUGUGUGUCUCUCAAGUCUACUGGACCAAAGACAUUCAUGCUGCCAUCCUCUCAGGGCCGAAGACCCUGGAUGCAUACCUGCUGCAGAACAACUCUCAGAUUGAUGACAUUGUUAUGCUAGUGCGUGGGAAGCUGUCCAAGCAAAACCGGACCACCCUGGGUGCUUUGGUGGUGCAGGACGUCCAUGCAAGAGAUGUGCUUGCCACACUGGUCCAGAAAGGCGUAAGGCAUGAGACAGACUUUGAGUGGCUCAGCCAGCUACGAUAUUACUGGGUGGAUGAGACAGUUCAGACUAAGAUGAUCAAUGCUGGCCUCGCUUAUGGCUACGAGUAUCUGGGGAACACACCACGCCUGGUCAUCACUCCACUCACUGACCGCUGCUACAGGACACUGUUUGGGGCCCUCCACCUCCACCUAGGAGGGGCGCCUGAGGGCCCUGCUGGUACAGGGAAGACUGAGACCACCAAGGAUCUGGCCAAGGCUGUGGCCAAGCAGUGUGUGGUCUUCAACUGCUCAGAUGGCCUGGAUUACAUUGCCCUGGGCAAAUUCUUCAAGGGCUUGUUGACCUGUGGAGCCUGGGCAUGCUUUGACGAGUUCAACCGCAUUGACCUGGAGGUGCUAUCAGUGGUAGCCCAGCAGAUUCUCACCAUACAGAGAGGCAUUACAUCCCAUGCCAAGAUGCUGCUGUUUGAGGGGACCGAGCUAAAACUAAACCCCUCCUGUGCUGUGUUCAUCACAAUGAACCCAGGAUAUGCUGGCCGCUCUGAGCUGCCCGACAACCUAAAGGCUCUUUUCAGAACGGUAGCCAUGAUGGUACCCGACUACGCUAUGAUAUCUGAGAUUGUGCUCUACUCAUGUGGGUUUGUGACAGCCCGGCCACUGUCCGUGAAGAUUGUUGCCACCUACCGGCUGUGUUCGGAGCAGCUGUCCAUGCAGCACCACUACGACUACGGCAUGAGGGCAGUCAAGUCUGUGCUAACGGCCGCCGGGAACCUGAAGCUGAAGUAUCCUGAUGAAAAUGAAGACAUCCUGCUGCUGAGAUCCAUCAUUGACGUCAACCUCCCCAAGUUCCUGGCCCAUGACCUGCCGCUCUUUGGGGGCAUCACGUCUGAUCUGUUCCCUGGGGUCACACUCCCAAAACCGGACUAUCGUCUCCUGCUCGAGGCCAUCAAGGAGAACAUCAACAAGAUGAAUCUGCAGAUGACAGACUUCUUCGCCGAGAAAAUUCUGCAGAUCUUUGAGAUGAUGAUAGUGCGCCAUGGCUUUAUGCUGGUGGGGGAACCCUUUGGUGGCAAGACCUGCGCUUACCGGGUGCUGGCAGCAGCCCUACAAGACAUCUGUGAGAAGGGUCUAAUGGAUGAAAAUCGGGUCCAGAUUACUGUCAUAAAUCCUAAAUCCAUCACCAUGGGCCAGCUGUACGGUCAGUUUGACCCAGUCUCUCACGAGUGGUCGGACGGUAUCCUGGCGGUCAGUUACCGUGCCUUUGCUAGUUCUCAGAGUCCGGACAGAAAGUGGCUGAUCUUUGAUGGGCCGGUGGAUGCUGUGUGGAUCGAAAACAUGAACACAGUGCUGGAUGACAAUAAAAAGCUGUGCCUGAUGAGCGGAGAGAUCAUUCAGAUGUCCCCACAGAUGAGCCUCAUAUUUGAACCCAUGGACCUGGAGGUGGCCUCCCCAGCCACGGUGUCUCGCUGUGGCAUGAUUUACAUGGAACCUCACCUGCUGGGAUGGAGGCCCCUCAUGCUGUCUUGGCUCAACACGCUGCCCUCCACGGUUGGCACCCUGCACAGGGACCUCAUCACUGGCCUCUUCGACCGCCUGCUACCAGCCUGCCUCCAGCUGAUACGCAAAGCCACUAAGGAGCUCUCCCCAACGUCAGACACCAACCUGGUGAACUCUUUGAUGAACCUAAUGGACUGCAUGAUGGACGAGUUCAGGGAGGAGGGCAAGAUAAAAGGCAUGAACGAUAGGAACGUCUGCUCCUGGCUGGAGGGCAUUUUCGUUUUCUGCCUGGUGUGGUCGGUGGGUGCCAGCUGCACGGAGUCCGGGCGAGUGAAGUUUGACAGCCUGGUCCGAGAGGUGCUUGAGGGAGCUCUAAGUGAGGAGACGAGGGCACGCCAUGGCAUCCUGGAGCAAGUGGCGCCUCCUGCCAGGCAGCUGACUGUGCCACUGCCCACGGAAGGCACACUCUAUGAGUAUAAAUUUGUGAAAGAGGGCCAAGGCCGGUGGGAAAUGUGGACAGACGAGCUAAGGGCGACUCUGCCUAUCCCUAAGGACAUUCAGUUCAACGAGAUCAUCGUGCCUACGGAGAACACGGUGCGCUACAUGGCUCUGAUGGAGCUGCUCAUCACCCACCAGAAGCCCGCUGUCCUUGUCGGUCCCACGGGUACUGGCAAGAGUGUCUACAUCAUUGACUUUCUGCUGAACCGUCUGAACAAGGAAGUAUACAGCCCCCUGAUGAUCAACUUCUCGGCCCAGACCACGGCCGCCCAGACACAAAACAUCAUCAUGUCUAUGCUUGACAAGCGCCGAAAAGGGGUAUACGGCCCACCAAUGGGCAAGAGAAUGGUUGUGUUUGUGGACGACGUGAACAUGCCUGCCAGGGAGAUGUAUGGGGCCCAGCCACCAAUUGAGCUGCUGCGUCAGUGGCUGGACCACUGGAACUGGUACGACUUGAAAGACUGUUCCAUGAUCAACCUGGUGGACAUCCAGAUCAUGUGUGCUAUGGGACCUCCCGGUGGUGGGAGAAACCCAGUAACAGCCCGCUACCUACGCCAUUUCAACACAGUCACUAUCAACGACUUUGACCAUAAGACCAUGUAUACCAUUUUCUCCAGAAUCUUGGACUGGCAUCUCAGCAUAAGGUUUGCUUUCCCCAAGCCCUUUGCAGCACUGACCACUCAAAUUGUCAGCGGAACCAUGUCUGUGUACCAGGAGGCCACCAAGAACCUGCUGCCAACCCCAGCCAAGUCCCACUACCUGUUCAACCUCCGAGACUUCUCCCGCGUCAUCCAGGGUGUUUGUCUUUCCCGCCCUGAAUCAGCUGAGAACCCCAGCAUCAUCAAGCGUCUCUGGGUGCAUGAGGUCCAGAGGGUGUACUAUGAUCGUCUGGUGCACGACUCAGACCGGGCCUGGUUGGUGGGCUACCUUCAGGAGGUGUGCCACACCGACCUCAAAGAAGACUUCCACCAGCUCUUCCAGCACCUGGACCGGGACCAAGACGGGUGUGUGAUGGAGGACGACCUCCGCAGCCUGAUGUUCUGUGACUUUCACGACCCCAAGGGCGAGGACCGCGACUACCGCGAGAUGGACAACCUGGACCACCUGCGGCAGGUGGUCGAGACACACCUGGACGAGUACAACAACGUCAGCAAGGCACCCAUGAACCUGGUGUUGUUCCGCUUCGCCAUCGAGCAUGUGUGCCGCAUCUCGCGCGUGCUCAAGCAGCCGCAGGGCCAUGCCAUGCUGGUGGGGGUGGGCGGUAGCGGGAGGCAGUCCCUCACCCGGUUGGCUGCCCACAUGGCGGAGACAGAGCUCUUCCAGGUAGAGAUUUCCAAGAGCUAUGGCAUGACGGAGUGGCGAGAAGACCUCAAGCUGAUCACGCGCAAGUCUGCACAAGGUGACACGCAUGGGGUAUUCCUCUUUACCGACACGCAGAUCAAGAUGGAGUCCUUCUUGGAGGAUGUCAGCAACCUGCUCAACACCGGAGAGGUUCCCAACCUGUUUGCAGUGGAUGAAAAACAGGAGAUCUGCGAGCGCAUGCGCGUUCUGGACCGCCAGCGAGAGCGUGACAAGCAGACGGACGGCAGCCCGCUGUCACUCUUCAACUUGUUCCUGGAGCGCUGCCGCUCUCAGUUGCAUGUGGUACUGGCAAUGAGCCCUAUUGGUGACACUUUCAGGAGCCGCUUAAGACGCUUUCCUGCCCUCAUCAACUGCUGCACCAUUGACUGGUUCCAGAGCUGGCCUGAGGACGCACUGCAGGCGGUGGCCUCUCGGUUCCUGGAAGACAUUGAGAUGACUGACCAGUCACGGGCAGGCUGCAUUGACAUGUGCAAGAGCUUCCACACGUCCACCUUCGAGCUGUCGGCUCGUUUCCUGUCUGAGCUACAGCGCCACAACUAUGUCACACCCACCUCCUACCUUGAGCUCAUCUCCACCUUCAAGGCCCUGUUGGAUAAGAAGAGAGCAGAGGUGAUGAAAUUAAAGCGGCGCUAUGAGGUGGGCUUGGAGAAGCUGGAGUCUGCAGCCGCACAGGUGGCCACCAUGCAGGUGGAACUGGAGGCCCUUCAGCCCCAGCUGCGUGUGGCCAGCAAGGAGGUGGAUGAGAUGAUGGUGGUGAUCGAGCAUGAUUCAGUGGAGGUCGCCAAAACCGAGAAGGUGGUGAAAAUGGAUGAGGCGGUGGCCAACGAACAGGCCAUGGCAGCCAAGGCCAUCAAGGACGAGUGCGAUGCCGAUUUGGCCAUUGCCAUGCCCAUCCUGGAGUCUGCCUUGUCUGCUCUGGACACGCUCACCAACCAGGACAUCACGGUGGUCAAGUCCAUGAAGAGUCCUCCACCUGCAGUCAAGCUGGUGAUGGAGUCCAUCUGCAUCCUGAAGGGCCUAAAACCGGACCGCAUUCCCGACCCCUCGGGCUCCGGCAAGAAGGUAGAGGACUUCUGGGGACCAGCCAAAAAACUCCUUGGAGACAUGAAGUUCCUUCAGAGCCUUCACGAGUAUGAUAAGGACAACAUCCCGUCCAACCUCAUCACAGUCAUCCGAAACAAGUACAUUACCAACCCCGACUUUGUCCCCGAGAAGAUCCGUACUGCCUCUACAGCCGCUGAGGGCCUGUGCAAGUGGGUGCGUGCAAUGGAAUCCUAUGACAAGGUGGCCAAAGUGGUGGCCCCUAAGAAGGAGAAACUAUCUCAGGCCGAAGGGGAGCUGAAGGUGGCUAUGGAGAGCCUGCGUAAAAAACAGGCUUCCCUCAAAGCAGUCCAGGACAAGCUGGCCAAACUGCAGGAGACACUGGAGGCCAACAAGAACAAGAAGGCUGACCUGGAGAAUCAGGUGGAGUCGUGCAGUAAGAAGCUGGAGCGAGCGGAGCAGUUGAUCGGCGGGCUUGGCGGCGAGAAAACUCGUUGGGCCGAGAUGGCCUAUAACCUCGGGGAGCUCUACACCAACCUGACAGGGGACAUCCUCAUCUCCUCGGCCAUCGUAGCCUACCUGGGAGCGUUCACUUCCAGCUACAGACAGGCUCAGACCGUGGAGUGGCUAGAGCUGUGUAAAAGCAGAGAAAUCCCGUGCUCUAGCAACAUGUCCCUGAUGAAAACGCUGGGCGAGCCGGUGAAGAUUCGUAGCUGGAUCAUAGCUGGCCUGCCCUCUGACAGCUUCUCCAUUGACAAUGGCAUCAUCAUCUCUAACGCCCGGAGGUGGCCCCUGAUGAUCGACCCACAGGGCCAGGCCAACAAGUGGGUGAAGAACAUGGAGAAGUCCAAUAGUCUGCACAUCAUCAAACUGAGCGACGGAGACUUUGUCCGCACCCUGGAGAACUGCAUCCAGUUCGGCACACCAGUGCUCCUGGAGAACAUCGGCGAGGAGCUAGACGCCAUCCUGGAGCCCCUGCUGCUGAAGCAGACCUUCAAGCAGGGGGGCGCCACCUGCAUCCGCCUGGGAGACUCCACCAUCGAAUACGCCCCGGACUUCCGAUUUUACAUGACCACCAAGCUCCGCAACCCCCACUACCUGCCAGAAACCUCUGUUAAGGUGACUCUGCUGAACUUCAUGAUCACCCCUGAGGGCAUGCAUGACCAGCUGCUGGGCAUCGUUGUGGCCAGGGAGAGGCCUGACCUGGAGGAAGAUAAACAGGUCCUCAUUCUGCAGGGGGCAGAGAACAAGAGACUGCUACAGGAGAUCGAGGACAAGAUCCUGGAGGUGCUGUCUUCGUCGGAGGGCAACAUCCUGGAGGACGAGACAGCUGUCAAGAUCCUCUCCUCUUCCAAGGUGCUGGCCGAUGAGAUCUCCGAGAAGCAGGCCAUCGCCGAGGUGACGGAGGUGAAGAUCGACGAGACGCGCAUGGGUUACACGCCCAUUGCUGUACACUCCGCCAUCCUCUUUUUCUCCAUCGCAGACUUGGCCAAUAUCGAGCCCAUGUACCAGUACUCACUCACCUGGUUCAUCAACCUAUUCAUCGCCUCUAUUAAUAACUCAGACAAGAGUGACAUUCUAGAGCAGAGGUUGCAAAUUCUGAGGGACCAUUUCACCUACUCCCUGUACGUUAACGUCUGCCGCUCGCUCUUUGAGAAAGACAAGCUGCUCUUCUCAUUCUGCCUCACCGUCAACCUGCUCAUGCAUGACAAGCUGGUGGAUGAAUGUGAGUGGCGUUUCCUGCUGACAGGUGGUGUGGGCCUGGACAACCCCCACUCUAACUCAUGUACCUGGCUCCCUAAGAAGGCCUGGGACGAAAUCUGCCGACUGGAUCAGAUUAAUCGCUUUAAGGGCCUGCGCAAGGACAUGGCCCGUCUAAAGGACGCCUGGAAGGAGGUGUACGAUAGCCCGUCCCCGCACCAUACUUCUUUUCCAGCCGAGUGGAAGGAAAAGCUCGGAAAGUUUCAGAAGAUGCUGGUUAUACGCUGUCUUCGACCAGACAAGAUCAUUCCCAUGGUGCAGGAGUUUGUAUCGGACAGUCUGGGUCAUCAGUUCAUUGAGGCGCCCCCCUUCAACCUGGGGAAAGCUUUUGGGGACAGUCAAUGCUGCGUUCCCCUUAUUUUUAUUCUCUCCCCCGGCUCUGAUCCUAUGGCCGCCUUACUCAAGUUUGGUGACGAGCAGGGCUUCAGUGGAAACAAGUUGGCGUCACUGUCUCUUGGCCAGGGGCAAGGCCCAAUCGCCAUGGGCUUGAUUGAGACGGCUGUGAAGGAGGGCACCUGGGUGGUCCUCCAAAACUGUCAUCUGGCCACCUCAUGGAUGUCUACUUUGGAGAGAGUGUGUGAGGAGCUGAAUCCUGAAACCACCCACCCUGACUUCCGCCUUUGGCUGACCAGUUACCCCUCUCCCACCUUCCCUGUGGCAGUGCUUCAGAACGGGGUUAAGAUGACCAAUGAGGCGCCCAAAGGCCUCCGCGCCAACAUUGCCCGCUCCUUCCUAAUGGACCCCAUUUCAGACCCAGAGUUCUUCUCCAGCAGCAGCAAGCCAGGGGUGUUUAAGAGGCUGAUGUAUGGCCUUUGCUUCUUCCACGCAUUGAUCCAGGAGAGGAAGAAAUUCGGUCCCAUGGGUUGGAACAUUCCAUAUGAGUUUAACGAGACCGACUUGAAGAUAUCUGUCCAGCAGCUCCAAAUGUUCCUGGAGCAGUACGAGGAAGUACCCUUCGAAGCCAUUCACUACAUGACAGGUGAAUGUAACUAUGGUGGCCGCGUGACCGACGACUGGGACCGGCGGACGCUGCGCACCAUCCUGACGAUAUUCUACACCCCCAAGAUUCUAGACCCUGACUACAAGUUUGACCCAAGCGGCUUAUAUUACUCACCACCAGAGGGCGAUUAUAAAAGUUACAUUGACUACACCAGGGCUCUGCCUCUGAAUCCGUCUCCAGAGGUCUUUGGUAUGAACGCCAAUGCAGACAUCACCAAGGAACAGUCUGAAACGCAGGUGCUCUUCGACAGCAUUAUGCUUACACAGUCAUGCUCCUCGGGCGGUGAUGCCAAGUCAUCAGAUGACCUGGUAUACGACGUAGCGGCAGACAUACUCAGCAAGCUGCCCCCCGACUUUGACAUCGAGGCGUCUAUGCGCCGCUUCCCAACCAGCUACAACCAGUGCAUGAAUACAGUGCUGGUGCAGGAAAUGGGUCGCUUCAACAACCUUCUCAGGACCACCCGAGAGUCUUGCAUCAGCAUCCAGAAAGCCAUCAAAGGCCUUGUGGUGAUGUCUGCUGAGCUGGAGGAGGUGGUGAACAGCAUUCUGAAAGGCCGUAUCCCUGGCAUGUGGAUGAAGAAGUCAUACCCCAGCCUCAAACCCCUGGGAAGCUAUGUCAACGACUUCCUGGACAGGCUCAAAUUCCUACAGGACUGGUAUGAUCACGGGACACCAGUGGUCUACUGGAUAUCAGGUUUCUUCUUUACCCAGGCCUUCCUGACAGGUGGCCAACAGAACUACGCCCGCAAACACACCAUCCCCAUCGACAUGCUGGGCUUCGACUUUGAAGUGCUGGACGACGGGGACUAUCACCAGCCUCCCGAAGAUGGUGUGUACAUUUAUGGGCUAUACCUUGACUGCGCACGUUGGGACAGAAAGACCAAGCUCUUGGCUGAAUCCUACCCCAAAGUGCUUCACGAUGCCAUGCCUGUGAUGUGGCUUAAACCAAUCAAGAGGCAGGACAUCCCUCAGCGUAUGUGCUACAUAUCCCCGGUCUACAAGACAGGCGAGCGCCGCGGCACCCUCUCCACCACCGGUCAUUCUACCAACUACGUCAUUGCCAUGACACUCAACACGGACGUUCCCCCCGAGCACUGGAUCAGACGAGGGGUGGCACUACUUUGCCAGCUUAACGCAUAGAUGUCCCUCACUUGCUGUUUUACAUGCGCUGCUUAACCACUUUAAUUUCUAUCAAGUGUAGUCUCUGGCUUGUUUUGCAGUAUGUAUAUUAAUGAAUAAAUGACAAUG